UUUGUCUGUGUUGUUCUGCCGCAGUGAUAAAUCCAGAAUUCCCUUGCAUGAUCUUUUACUGAAAAGAUUUAAUUGAGUUAAAUAUGAUGGAGGGAUCGUUGAGUAAAUGGACAAAUGUGAUGAAGGGGUGGCAGUACAGGUGGUUCGUGUUGGACGAGAACGCAGGACUACUCUCGUAUUACACGUCGAAGGAGAAGAUGACGCGUGGCGUGCGGCGCGGCUGCGUGCGGCUGCGCGGCGCCGUCAUCGGUAUAGACGACGAGGACGACUCCACAUUCACCAUCACCGUAGACCACAAGACUUUCCACUUCCAGGCGCGAGACGGCGGCGAACGUGAACGCUGGGUGCGUGCGUUAGAAGACACGAUCGGACGGCACGGGCGGCGCGACCGCUGGCGCUGCGUGCCCGCGCCGCACCGCCGCGGCGACCUGGAGCGCCGCAUCGCCGAGGCGGACGCCUACCUGCAGCUCAUGAUCGACCUGGUCGCCAAAUUGACAACACGAGUAUCAGAACUGACAGACCCGCACGAAAAGAACAGAGGACAAAUUGUUUUAGACCAUUCUAAUGCCAUGCUGGACCAUAUCAAACAUUCCAUAGUGCUUCUACAGAUAGCUAAGAACACCGUAAACCCAGUGAACGGCGUGUACACCGGACCAACAAACUCCACACAGACGCACGUCAAAGAAGAUCUGUCGCCGCGCGUGGAGCUGGGCUCGGAGUGCCGCGAGCUGUCGUCGCCGACGCAUCCGCUACCGCCGCUCGAGCUCGACGGAGCGAGACAGGCGAUGUCGCUACUAGUGCCGGACACGUCGUACUCGUCGUCGGAGGGCGAGGACGACUUCUACGACGCGGACGACGCGCCCGCCGCGACGCCGCCGCCGCCGCCCGGCGUGGGCCGGACGUGCGGCGCGGAGGGCACGCCGGAGACGGAGGCGGCGCCGCCCGCCGUCGACCUGCCGCGGACCAGAGACGGCGAGAUCGACUACGACGCUCUGUACGAGGACGAUAGCGACAGCGACCUCGGCUCGAUGGAGAACCACGGCUCGGUGGUCACGCACCUGCUGUCACAGGUCAAGAUCGGCAUGGACCUCACCAAGGUCGUGCUACCUACAUUUAUAUUAGAAAGGCGAUCACUUCUAGAAAUGUACGCAGAUUCCUUCGCACAUCCUGACCAAUUCGUAAGGAUAGUAGAGCAACCGACACCCAAGGAGCGCAUGGUGCAAGUAGUCAGAUGGUACCUGUCCUCGUACCACGCGGGCCGCAAGUCCCAGGUCGCGAAGAAGCCCUACAACCCCAUACUCGGCGAGGUGUUCAGAUGCCACUGGGACAUGGAGGGAGAGACGCAUAGCUCGGACAAGCAAGAAGUAGGCGACGGUCCCGUUCCCUGGUGCUCACCUGAUCAGCUGUCGUUCGUGGCUGAGCAGGUCUCCCAUCAUCCCCCCAUAUCCGCCUUCUACGCGGAACACGUCAACAAGAGGAUACAGUUUGACGCGUACGUGUGGACGAAGAGUAAGUUCCUGGGACUGUCGAUCGGCGUCCACAAUAUUGGGAGGGGACUGGUUACCCUACUGGAUCUAGGAGAGGAGUAUAGCUUGACGUUCCCGAAUGGUUACGGCAGAUCAAUACUAACAGUCCCCUGGAUUGAACUAGGCGGGUCUGUUGUCAUAGAAUGUGUGCAGACGGGCCACAAAGCGAACAUAGAGUUCCUCACCAAACCUUUUUAUGGGGGGAAGAAACAUAGAGUGACCUGCGACAUAUAUGUCGGCACGGAGAAGAAGCCGUAUUAUACUGCGCAGGGAGAGUGGAAUACUAGGAUGGAGGGGCGAUGGACGGAGACUGGGCGCACCGAAGUCCUCUUUGACGUGACGAACAUGAAACCUCGUCGUAAGCUCGUCAACGCGGUCAGUCGACAGGACGCCAACGAGUCACGAUGCGUCUGGCGACACGUCACCGCGGCGUUACGCGCUGCGGACACCGACGCUGCGACUACCGCCAAACGCCGGCUAGAACAGGCGCAGAGAGACGCCGCUAAACGACGACUCGAGCUUAACAAACCGUGGGUCACGCAGCUGUUCAGCCCGAAAGGCGAGGAAGGCUGGGAGUACAAUACACCGUUGAAGAAACGUAUAGAACAAGUCAAUACAACGCCGAAGAAGUCGCCAGAAAACGCGGAAACCAGAUAAUGGACUCCCAACCGCAUUAUGGACUUUAAAUACACUAUGCUAAGGUAGAGAUUUCUACGUCACAGACUUUUGGUUUUAGACGAAUAUUUUCGUGACGCACCUAUAUUUCCUGCCAGUGCAAAAGUGGCCUAAGGUUGUAAAAUAUGGUUACGGUCAUACUCCCUUACUAAUAAAAAUGUUUUGUCCUUGUUUGUUACGUUCAAAAGUAGCUUGACAAAACAUCGUAUUGCUCAUUCAUUGUACUACUUUUAUUAGUCAGGA